UGGCGGGCGGCUGCGCUCGCUCCAGUCGGAGAGCGGAGCUGCGAGCGAGCGUGUGUGUGUUUUUUAAAGAUGGCCGGAGCGGCGGCGGCGGUGGCCGCGGGAGCAGCAGCUGGAGCCUCCGCGGCAGCCGUGUCUGUGGCGGCUCCGGGCCGGGCCUCGGCGCCCCCGCCGCCCCAACCAGUAUACUGUGUGUGCCGGCAGCCGUACGACGUGAACCGCUUCAUGAUCGAGUGCGAUAUAUGCAAGGACUGGUUCCACGGCAGCUGUGUUGGAGUAGAAGAACAUCAUGCCGUUGACAUUGACCUGUAUCACUGUCCCAACUGUGCAGUUUUACAUGGAUCCUCCUUGAUGAAGAAGAGGAGAAACUGGCACAGGCAUGACUACACAGAAAUUGAUGAUGGUUCCAAACCAGUGCAAGCGGGAACUAGAACUUUUGUUAAGGAAUUACGUUCUCGAGUCUUCCCAAGUGCCGAUGAAAUCAUCGUAAAGAUGCAUGGCAGCCAGCUGACACAAAGAUAUCUAGAGAAACAUGGAUUUGAUGUCCCUAUUAUGGUCCCUAAAUUAGAUGAUCUGGGGCUCAGGCUCCCUUCACCUACUUUUUCUGUGACAGAUGUGGAACAUUAUGUAGGUGGUGACAAAGUGAUAGAUGUCAUUGAUGUGGCGAGGCAAGCAGACAGCAAAAUGACACUUCACAAUUAUGUUAAAUACUUCACAAAUCCUAACAGACCAAAAGUGUUAAAUGUGAUCAGCCUUGAAUUUUCAGAUACAAAGAUGUCUGAAUUGGUGGAAGUCCCUGAUAUAGCCAAAAAACUUUCUUGGGUAGAAAAUUAUUGGCCAGAUGAUUCAGUAUUUCCCAAGCCAUUUGUUCAGAAAUACUGCUUAAUGGGAGUUCAGGACAGCUAUACAGAUUUCCACAUUGACUUCGGUGGAACUUCGGUCUGGUACCAUGUCCUCUGGGGUGAGAAGAUUUUUUAUUUGAUAAAGCCAACAGAUGAAAAUUUGGCACUCUAUGAAUCUUGGAGUUCAUCUGUGACCCAGAGUGAGGUGUUCUUUGGAGAUAAGGUGGAUAAAUGCUACAAGUGUGUGGUAAAGCAGGGACAUACCUUAUUUGUUCCUACAGGGUGGAUCCAUGCUGUGCUCACUUCUCAGGACUGUAUGGCUUUUGGGGGGAACUUUCUGCACAACCUUAACAUUGGCAUGCAGCUCAGGUGUUAUGAGAUGGAGAAAAGGCUAAAAACACCAGAUCUUUUCAAAUUCCCUUUCUUUGAAGCCAUAUGUUGGUUUGUAGCCAAAAACUUGCUGGAAACCCUGAAAGAACUGAGAGAAGAUGGUUUCCAGCCUCAAACUUACCUAGUACAGGGAGUGAAAGCACUGCAUACUGCUUUAAAAUUAUGGAUGAAAAAAGAACUUGUAUCUGAACAUGCCUUUGAAAUUCCAGAUAAUGUUAGACCUGGACAUCUUAUUAAAGAACUUUCUAAAGUAAUUCGAGCAAUAGAGGAAGAAAAUGGCAAACCAGUUAAAUCUCAGGGAAUUCCUACUGUGUGUCCAGUUUCACGAUCCUCAAAUGAAGCAACUUCCCCGUACCAUUCUCGGCGAAAGAUGAGGAAACUUCGAGAUAAUGUCCGAACUCCUUCUAACCUAGACAUCCUAGAGCUCCACACUAGGGAGGUCCUCAAAAGAUUAGAGAUGUGUCCAUGGGAAGAGGACAUCUUGAGCUCUAAAUUGAAUGGAAAAUUCAACAAACAUCUCCAGCCAUCUUCCACAGUACCUGAAUGGAGAGCAAAAGAUAAUGAUCUACGAUUACUGCUGACAAAUGGAAGAAUAAUUAAAGAUGAGAGACAGCCCUUCGCAGAUCAGAGUCUUUAUACAGCAGAUAGUGAAAAUGAAGAUGAUAAAAGAAGGACAAAAAAGACAAAAAUGAAGAUAGACGGGAUUUCAGGAAUAGAGGGGAUGGAAAAUGAAGCAUCUCAAAAGCCACUUAACAGAUUUUUUACACGUGUGAAAUCAGAACUCAGGAAUAGAUCAGCAGGAUAUUCUGAUAUUUCUGAGUCAGAAGACUCUGGACCUGAGUGCACUGCACUGAAGAAUAAUUUUACCACUGAAGAGUCUGAAAGUUCAGGUGAUGAAAAGAAACCAGAAAUAACAUCAAACUUUAAGGAAGAAUCUAAUGUGAUGAGGAGCUUCCUUCAAAAGAGCCAGAAGCCAUUUAGAAGUGAAACUCCAAUUAAAAGGGAAUGUCCUACCUCGACGAGCACAGAGGAAGAAGCUAUUCAGGGCAUGCUGUCUAUGGCAGGGUUGCACUAUUCCACAUGUUUACAAAGGCAAAUACAAAGCACAGACUGCAGCAGUGAAAGAAACUCUCACCAGGAUCCCAGCAGCUGCCACAGCAAUAACCAUGAGGUUAGGCGGUUGUAUCGCUAUGAUAAACCAGUGGAAUAUGGAUACCAUGUCAAGACUGAAGAUCGAGAUUUGAGGACUUCUUCCUGGAUUAAACAGUUUGAUACUUCCAGACUUAAUCCUCAGAGGCUGGGUCUUGCUGUGUUGUCCUGGCUGGUCUCAAACUCCUGGCUCCAAGCAAUCCUCCUACCUCAGCUUCCCAAAUUGCUGGGAUUACAGGAUCUAAGUAGAAGCCAGAAAUGCAUCAAAAAAGAAGGUUCAUCAGAAACCAGUCAAAAGGUACAAAGUCGGAAUUAUGUGGACAGCAGUGGCUCAGGCCUUCAGAGUGGAAAGUAUAUACAGAAUUCAACCUUGAUUUCAGGGGCAUGCCAGAUAAGUAAUGGCAGUCUGAGCCCAGAAAGGCCAGUUGGUGAAACUUCUUUUUCAGUGCCCCUUCACCCUACCAAGAGACUUGCAUCAAAUCCACCACCUAUCAGCAACCAGGCAACAAAAGGUAAACGCCCCAAAAAAGGAAUGGCAACAGCCAAACAACGUCUUGGGAAGAUUCUUAAGUUGAACAGAAAUGGCCAUGCACGUUUCUUUGUGUGACAGAGCUGCUGUUGCAGCCACUUUUCCCUUUGGAGACCAGUCUUGGGGGUGCAGGAGCCUGGCGCUUCCACAGCCCCCCGGCCUGGAGCAGUUUGCGUGUACAGUAAGAACGCUGCCUGAAAAACAGAAUGAACCUGAUGCUGCAUUUUCACUGUGCCACACCCACUCAGCAAUAACCAUUUUGGACCUGGUGGGGGAGAGGAAGAAGGAGGGUAGAACCUUAAAAAGAGACCUGGAACUGGAAAGGGUCUCUUGUCAGGGCUUGAAUUUCAUUUUAUGGUUGGUAGUGUCUUGAUUUAUUUUCAGUGGUAGGAUAAAGAAUUAUCAAUAAUUUAUUUAACAGAUUUUUUUUAAAGUUAACAGCUUAUAAAUUCUUUCUUUUUUAAAGUUAUUUAUUUGGAAGAUUUCUGGAGAAAUAUCUCACUAAUUUAGAUUUAAGAAUGUGAAGGUUUUUAAAUUAUUUUUGAUAGUGUGUGUGUUAUAUGUGGGGAAGAGCCACGGUAACAGUAAUUAGUCUGGACUCUUAAAUUUGAUAUUCAGGUUAAAGUCUUAAACAGGGAUUUGAUGCAUUAAUUAUUUUAAAUUAAGAUGUAUAUGAAAAUCAUUUUAUUUUAUAUAUUUCAUGUUUUUUAUAAGCUAUUAGCUUCGCUUUUGCUAACAUCCAAGGUGCAUACUGUUAUCCAGGUUGAUUACCUUAUAUCCCACCUUCCCUCUGCACUCCCCGUUAUUUUGUGACGACCCAACAAGACUGUUCUCUUUGCAGGGAAAUACUUUUAUAACCAAUGUGUAAGAACUCCAUAAAAGAUCCCUCAUAUCUCAUUUCACUUGACAUUGUGAUUUUCUUCUAAAUAUAAAAAAUAGGCUUCUUGCAUUUUCAUUUCUGCUGAUCAUAUCUGGGUCCCAAAGAAAACAGCUUUAAUAUUUUUUUUCCUACUUGUGGGAAAAGUAUUAUAAGUUUGGUUAAAUUGUCAUGUUUGUAGUUUUUCCAAAUACAUGUGUAACUAUAGCAGCCAGUGUUGGUGAACAGGACCAACACCUGCUGCAAAGGUUAUAUCUUAACAAUGCUUUUAUUCUCUCUACCUAAUUUGUUGGAAAAUAUGAUUUAACUUAGGAUAUUCAAAUCUGCAUAAUAAGCCGUACUAUAAUAGAAUUAUACUAUAUUAAGUUGUAUAGAAGCAAGCAUGUUGGAGAUCCUCAGUGUGUGCGUGUGUGUGUUUACAUUUUUUUAUUUUUUAACCUUCUAAAAAUUAUUUAAGCUAGAUUUGGAGUAAAAUGGGUGCUUUUUGCAGUUUCUUCCAUCUAUCCUAACUUGACUAGUUCAUACUGAGGUUAAGAAUCUGGUUGAACUUUAGUCAUUUAUCUCCUUUAUGGACAAUUUUUACUAAAUGCCAGUUUUAGUUGCUUGUAAUAGUUUUUUUCUUUUUCUCCCAUGACAUAAAAAUAAGUAAUUUCUGAGAGUGGGCUAGAAAUGUUCCCAGGUUUGACAAUAGAGCAUUUUACAGGUUCCUAUGGAGAAAAUAUAGGCAAAUAGGAUAAAUUUUAUUUUUGUGGAGAAGAAAUAUGGCCAUAUUAUGAAUUUUUUUUACUCAGCAAGGUAGCAGGAUUUUCUCUCCUGUAUUAAGUAUCACUUGAAUUACUAAAAAAAAAAAAAAAAAACAGGAAAAAACUAUACCAUCAUCUUUUAUGAUUGCAUUCAAAUGUAUAUUUUCAAUGAGAAAUAUUCCUUAUUCUGCCUCUACUCCAAAAUUUUAUGGGAUAAAUGUGAAAUAGCUUAUGAAUUAGCCUUUUUGGUCCAGAGUGAGUGGACCAAAGUCUGAAUCUCAGCUAGUACCAGGAAGAAUUGUUAUGGAAAUCCUCAGUGUCUAUAAACGGCCUAAAUUAAACCCUGUCUACACCAUGCCAAAAACUAGUGAAGAGAUGGGUAGAGUCAGUCAUUGGCAGUUUUUUCUCAGGAUGUCACAAUUCUGAGUUUGAUUGCUCUACCUUCUCACACAGUAUAUUAUUGUGAUGUCUUGGUUUUCUGUAGACCCUUUUCUGGUGUUACAGUACACGUGUUUUUAUUUUGGUUUAAGAAAUAAGAGCUAUGAGUUCUUUUUCCAGUAACAUUAUAAUGUGGGAUGGGUUUUUUCUUUAUAUUUUUCAUAACUCUAAAUGUUUUUAAUUAUCCUUUAUUCCUUUAGCCAUAUAAAUUAAAACAAAACAAUUUAUUUUUAUGAAUUAAAAUUGUGGCCAGUAUUCAUUCACUGUAUGUACUUAGGCUAAUAAAUACUAAUUUUGAGUAGCCAGUAAUGUGGAAUUUUUAAGUGAAGAUACUAUGGAUUCAUUUUGGCAGUUUUAGCCCAUUAACUGAUUAAGUUAGCAAACUUCUAGCACAGUAAUAUAACCACUGUAACAGAAUACAUGUCUUUUUCUGAAUUGGUGGAAAUUCAGCCACUGAUCAAGCAAAUUUCCUAGUUAAAACUUUUGUAAAGUUUGGCUGUGAUGGGUCCCUUUAUAUCCUGGAAGUGGCUGUACUUUGAGGUAACUGCUGCCAGUAUCUGGGCUCGACAGUGAUAGACAACCUCUCGUCUUUCCUUUUGUCCCAUUGAUAAACAGUACUAUCAUACAGACACCACAGCUUAAGAAGACAGCAAUGAUAGCAUUUAGCCAGUUGUAAGCAAAUACAAAUAUGUAAAAUAGAGAAUUAUGAUUUGAUGUAUGCAAGUUUAGUAGUAAUAGUAGAUGAUAAUUUUCCUAUACUGUUACCAAAUAAGUAACACUUAACCUGGGAUCCACUGUACUGUAAUUCACAACAUCACAUAAUAUUAUGCUCUUCAGUGUUGAUGGAUGAUGUAAACAAUAUAAGCUGGCAGUUUAGAAUAGUUCAGUAUCCUAGAAAUAUAUUAAACUUCAUAAAUAUCAGUUCAUUUUUAAAGCAUACAAAAUUGAAGACUCUUACUGAAAUCAUAAACUCCAAGAGGAAUAAGCUCAUCCUUACCACUAAUUAAAUACUUAGCUUAAAUACUGUUCUUUUUUAAAUAAUCUUAAUUGUUGUCUUUUCAAUGUACUCUACUGUAUUUUUCAUAUGAGAUCAACAGGUACUUAUCAGACAUCUACUGUUUGCCCAGCACUAGUUAGUACUGUGGGGGGAUAUAAAGUUGCAGUUGUAGUCUCUGCCCUUGAAAUUAUCUUCUCCAGAAAAUUAGCAGUAUUAUUUUCACUUCUAAGCAAACAUUAAUAAAAGAGAGUCCAUUUAUAAAAAUAAAAAUAGCGUAACUUUAUUAUUUUCAACCAAGAUAUGCCACUGUAGAAGUGAAAGUAAAACAAAGGCCUGAGUUCUUUUUCAAAACUUAAAAAAAAUUUCACAAGUUAGUAAUUUAAUAUGGCAAUACUGGGGCUUAGUGUGGCAUGGAAGGAAGCAGAAGACCUGGCUCUUUGUCCAUGUUCUUGCAUCUAUGUGUCAGCUGUGUGACCUUGAAUAAGUCACUUAUUCUUUCUGAGUCUUAGUUUUCUCACUUAUAUGUUUAGAUUAUAAUGCUUAUUAUGAUAACCAGUUAAGAAAAACACAUAGGAAAGCAUUUCAUAGUCUAUUAACACGUCACACUUAUAAUUUAUUAUUAAGUUACAGCUGAUAAUGACCAUACCUUUAUAUCCAUUCAAAAGUGAAAACUGCUAUUCACAAAAUUUAUUUCAUAUCAAAUAUAUGCCAAGGGCCUACUACUUCAAAAAUCUCAAGAAUCUCUAACAGGGUGCUGAAUUUAAGAUCAGAUUCCAUGCUUAAAAUGAAAGAAAAAGAAACAAGAUGAUUUAUAGAUAAGAAAAGUGAGACUGUUUAUCCUCAAGUAUGUUAAGGUGACUUGAAGUAAUUUAAAGAUAACUUUAAAUUUCUCUCAAAGAGGAAUUUAGAAAUUCCCCACAGAUUGAGCAUACUUUUUCUAGACAAAGGGGAAAUAAAUAUAGAAUUAAGAUGAUUUAGAUGAAUUUAAGAUGAUUUCGCUAGCAGCUACCUGGUGAACUAGGGAAAACAAUAAGGUGGUUAGAAAGAUGGGAGUCAACAAAGACAGCUGUGGGACGGGAGCAGCAGCUUGCCCUUAGAGAGAACACUGUAGUAGUAUAGGAAGGGAGGCUCCAUGGCACAGCUUCAGCAGAAAAGUUUCCUUUAGCCAUUUUCAAAAGAUGCUGUCUGUAGUGAUCACACUAUAGAUACAGACUAUGGAAUAACUAUAUGACCGGGUGUGCUACCACUCCAAGUAACUUUCAAAAGUUCAUUUUUCUUGUUAAAUAUUAAGCUAAUUAUUCUCUCCAUAAAGAAAAGCUGGGAGCUCACCAGUCCUUUCCUAAUGUCCCUAGACUGCAUCUAAAGCAAUAUUGAGAAGGUUGAACUUCAGAUCAUUAUCCUAGAAAAAGAAUGUUACUCAGAAAUAAAGGAGACAGAUGAAACCCAGAGAGGGCAGUAUUUACCUGGGAUACACAGUCUAGGACCACUGUUACCUUGCUUCCUAAAACAGCCCCUGCCUCCUGGGGCUGUACAGCCUCUGCUUGUCCUCUGGUGGUUGGUGCUGAAGUGCUUACUGGUAGAGAGAAAGGGGAAGAAUCAAUUUCACUAUAUUGCUGUUGAACAUAAUGUAGUCUUAAUACUAUAGCCUUACUAGAAACUACAGCCUUCCCUUAUUUCAGUUUUUCAGUGAACAUCCUACCAUAAGUCAAAUAUUUGACAUCCCUACAUAAAUUUUUAAAAAUUAAGGUCAUUAGGAAGCAAAUGCCUGUUUCCAAAGCAGUUAGCUUAUUGUGAUUGACUGUGAUUUUAUUCUUCUAAGGUAUUUUUUUCCUCCUUAUGAAUGGAGAAAAUACUUAUUUGAAAUACCCUUUGAUUCUCCCUUUCACCCUUGGUGCCCUUUCUAGUGUCCUAAGGUUUUGUCUUAACAAGUACAACAUUACACAUUUUUGUUAAAACCUUUUUGAAACUAUUCAGUGACUUUUCUAACACGUUUAUCUACUCUGCACUGUUUCACUGAUAAACCCUGGCUACUGCGUAGCCCUUGACCUCCAAGUAGCUUACCUAUGCAAGACCUGUGAUGUUCCAAAUUCACUUUUCUUCAUUUCAGAAAGCAGUCAUCAACAGAACUUAAUUCUCAAGAUAAAACUUGUCUCCAGUUUUAUUUUGGCCAUUUCCUUUUCAAAAAUGUCAGCCAUUUUUCCCCAAGAUUUUUCACCAAAACAAUGAUCUUAAGUGCUGGAAUAUAUAAUAUUUUGCAGGAAUAAAAUAACCCAGACAUAAUCUUAUAUUUCUUUGGUGGGUUUUGGUUGGUAAAAAUUACCAGCAUUAAAUGUAAUAUAUAAUGGGGAGUUGUCUCCUUGCCUAGAAUCAUUUAUUUCCUCAGAUUCAUAAGUAACCUUUUAUUUUUACAAAGCAUGCAUACAAUUUCCACAUUAUAGUCAGGGACCUGAGGUGUAACUUGCUAAGUGAACCCUAAGGUUAUUUUAUCUUGCAAAAGAAAUCUAAACCAAACUAAGGGCCUUACAGUUUAUGGUUAGACUGAAUCAAAAGCUAUAACCUCAACUUCUCCCAAAACAGCUUCUGACUGCAAAAGCAAGUCAUGCAGUUGUUAGGUAUGAAAUAGCACUGAUCAGGAAAUGCAUAUGCAAACUGUGUUUCCUUCAGAAAAGACUUUUCUACUUUUAAUAUAAAUUAAGCCAUAACAGUUUCAUGCUGUGGAAAGAGGGUGAAAAGGUUCAUUUUAAGAGAUAAUAUAAUAUGAACUUUGACAUUUACUGUGAAAUGUCUAACUUUGCCAGUGCUUCAGCAAGUUGGGUUUUUUGUUUGUUUUAGUGAGGGUGAUGGGAAGGGAUAGUAUUGGUUUUAGAGGUUUUUAAUCUGUGAAAUUUGAAAAGAGGACAGUUGUUGGCUAUGUAUUUACUAGUUUUGUAGUAACGUUUUGCUAGCCUGACUGACUUUCCUUACUGACUUUUACGCCCACAGUCCAAGGUGACUGUUUCUCCUUCUUGUUUGGGGUGUCUGCGGGGUAGUGUCAUCUGUUUGUAUAGGCAGUGUGUGUGCACACGUGUGUUCUUUCAACGUGGAAGCCCACCGUGUGACAGUGGAAUGGGGUGUGGCUGGGAAGUGGGAUGCUGAAGCUUGAAGAGCAAUUUUUUUCGAUUCAUAACAGUAUUUCCCAUCUUUUGCCUGCAGGCAGGAAAGUGUACAGUAUUUAUUUUGUUUCUGUUUUGUUUUAAAUUUGUAAGUCUUUAAGUAGCUUAUAUUGAUUAUUAUAGGGGAGGACAAGUGACUUGUUUAAAGUUGUAUUUGGUAUUCUUACUUUCCAAUUUCUGUAUUUUAAAAUAUUGAAAUUAAAAUUGUAUUACUUCUGUUUUGAUUUAUUUUGCACUCGGUGUAUUUUUUGCUCAUUUUGUUUAAAAGUAUAAAUGUUGGAAGUUAUAUAAAAUGUGUCUUUGAAAGAAAAAGAAUCUGAAUUCUAUAUCCAA